CCCACCAUAGAAAAAUAAAUUAAUCCCUUAUAAUAAUAAUCCAUAUACAGUAUUAAACACACAGACACACUCUCGCCAUCCAACCUCUGCUCUCACUUCUCACUUCUCUCUUCUCCUCUUUCUCUGUCUCUCUUCAUCUUCCUGCUUGCAAGCAACCAAUAAAUGGCUUCUCAGCAGAGAAUUUUGCUGCUUUUUUUGGUGCUCAUAGCUUCGUCUUCAAGAGCUAUCACCUCAACGUGGACACAAGAUGAGAUAAUAUCUCCAUCCAAGUUGGAGAUGUUCGUGGAUGAGCUUCCAAAUCUGACUCGAAUCCAAGGUUUCAAUCUUAUCAAUGGCACCCCCAAACCAAAGCUUCUCAAUAUUGGCAUGUUCAAGAAGAAAUGUAAAUUCCACAGGGAUCUUCCUCCAACCCCAGUGUUCGCAUUCGGUACAUCAAAGUUCACAGCAAGUAUCCCUGGUCCAACAAUCGAAGCCCUCCAUGACAUUGACACCUACGUGACGUGGCACAAUCACCUCCCUUCAAAACACAUUCUUCCAUGGGACCCGACUAUCCCCACUGCCAUUCCCUCCACCAAGAAGGGCAUCCCUACUGUGGUGCACGUCCAUGGCGCUAUUGGUGAACCCGCAAGUGAUGGCAAUGCAAACUCCUGUUUCACCGCUAGAUUUGAAGAAAAGGGUCCCACCUGGUCAAAAAGGACUUAUCAUUAUCUCAACAUGCAACAUCCAGGGAAUUUAUGGUAUCAUGAUCAUGCCUUGGGGCUGACACGUGUUAACUUAUUGGCUGGCUUGAUUGGCGCCUACAUCAUCCGUGAUGAUGAGGUGGAGGCCCCACUUAGACUCCCUAGUGGAGGUGAAUUUGAUAUACCGUUGAUUGUUUUUUAUCGUAGCUUUCGUAAGGACGGUACAAUAUACAUGAAUUCCACAGGAAAUAAUCCUUCCAUACAUCCACAGUGGCAACCUGAAUAUUUUGGCGAUGUAAUUGUAGUAAACGGGAAGGCUUGGCCACGUCUGACAGUACGACGUCGUAAAUACAGAUUCCGCAUAAUCAAUGCCAGCAAUGCUAGAUUCAUUAGAUUCUUCUUCACCAAUGGUCUGCAAUUUAUCCACGUGGCAUCUGAUUCAGUAUAUCUCGGAGAACCUGUUGUGACCAAUGAGACCCUGUUGGGCCCAUCUGAGAUUGCUGAUGUGGUCGUUGACUUUUCAGAGUCAAAGUCCGAUACUGCCAUCCUUGCAAAUGAUGCACCGUAUCCAUACCCGUCGGGUGACCCAGUUAAUGAUAUUAAUGGUAAGGUGAUGAAGUUUAUCAUAGAGAAAAAAUCAGAGAUUGACACGUGAUGCGUAGCCAAGACCUUGAUAAAAUACCCAUCACCUGAUUUAUCUAGUGCAUCGCAAACACGGUACAUUGCUAUGUAUGAGUACACAAGUGACAUUGAUGGGCCUACUCAUCUUUACAUCAAUGGAAAAUCAUUUGAACAACCGGCAACUGAGACACCUAAAGCGGGGACUAACGAGGUGUGGAAUGUGAUUAAUCUAACGGAGGAUAAUCAUCCGCUGCACAUUCAUCUGGCAUUGUUUGUGGUGUUGGAUCAGACAAAGCUGGUUAACUUGGAGGAGUUCAAGACGUGCAUGACAAAAUUGAACAAUGCGAUCAUGUGCCACAUAAGUAAGUAUGCAAGUGGCAAGAAGAUAGAGGUGCCGGCACACGAGAAGGGCUGGAAGAACGUGUACAAGAUCGCACCCGGAAACGUGACGAAGAUACUAGUGAGAUUUUCUUACAUACAUUCGAAUGCAUCGUAUCCAUUCAAUGCAACUGCAGAGCCAGGCUAUCUGUAUCAUUGCCACGUAAGCACUCUUUCAUCUUGGUACUUUAGUCACGGGUUGCCCAAAUGAUUUUCCCACAUCUUUUUUCUUCCCCGACUAGAAUUUAUUUUUAGAAAAUUGGAUUUAUAUUUAUAAUUUUCUAUUUUUUUGUAUAAAUUGAUUUUUUCUGAUUUUAUAUUAACCGUUGAGAUGUGCAGAUAUUGGAUCAUGAAGACAAUGCGAUGAUUAGGCCCCUCAAGUUCAUCAAAUAAUUAGCGUGAUGUUGUAAUUUGAUGAAAGAGUGAUAUGUUUUU